CCCUAUCAAUGGCUAUCAUGGCAGAAUGGAGCCCAUGCCCAGUGCAGCGCAAAAAGUGUAGCAACGUCCAGCAACAGUGAUCAUUCUGUAUGGCAGUGCUGAGCUAGCUGAGCGCAACAACAGAAACAAUGCAGAGAAAAUGAAAAUACCUUUCGAGUGGAAACUAACUUUAGCUAGCCAGGGGUCUUUUAUACUUGUGUCGCUUCCGCGGCCCAGUGAUUCGAGCAGCUUUAUUAGAUACCCAGCCUAGCCCACGGCUAUCUUCACUGAUUCAGUCGAGCAGGCCCGAAUUCGCGACAAUGUUGGUGAACGGCUCCAUCACCAUCACGGACACGCGCGGGUCUUCAUCUGUGCUUUCGGUAGUUUUCUGAGGGAGGAUUUGCGCAAACUGCUUGCUGGGUAACGGUUUGCGAAUAUUACGAUUCUGCAUUCGGACGUGGUGUCAAAGUCCUGGCUUACAGUCUCGUGUUCUUGAGUAAUAAAAAACGGCAUCAUCACCGCUCGGCCAUGCCAGAGCACUGGACCUCUUGUGAAGCUGGUACCCGAAUAAGAACUACUUGAUGUCUACAGUCAUGUAGUUAGGUAAUGACUACUACUAAUGUGAACUGCUGGAUCUUUGGAUGUGCUACAUUCACUAAGUACAGCUUGGACCACCGUACACUAGGUACACGGACUGACGGUCUAUGUCUGUGAGAGGCCGAGGAGAGGCAGUGGAGUACUCGUAGAGCACGUUUCCAAAGUGACUACUGGCAAGUAGUAUUACCCACUCAAAGUACUGCGUUCUGUUACCUGUGUGGUUUGUGUAGUCCACACUCAACUGCAGUGUGAUCGGCCCAGUAUCUCAAGAGGAGAGUGUCACUGUGUUUACUUGAUGGUGCCAAUAUACAUAAUAGGUGAGGUCGCCAUCAGUGCUGCGGGGUGAUGAGCGGUGAGAGCAGGUUAAAGUGUGGGGCAUGAGCUAGUGCGGCUGCCUGGUGGUGAUAUCAGUAUAGUACUAACAAUGAACUGGCCAGUCGCUGGACUCCUGAACAACAAUGCCAGAAAACACAUCUUGCCAGUCCUGGGAAUUCUAACAUUCCUCCUUCUUGCCUCAGUGCUCACUCUGAACAGUGUUGACGUGCGCAACUAUGCACGUUCACUGGACACCAGUGCGGCCAGUGCAGCUGAAUCUCAGGUGGUAGUAGGAGCAGCAGCGCACAGAGAUUACGCAGUUGCAGGCGGCACCGGUGAAUCUGAAGCUGCAGAAAGAGAGCCUGUACGCCAUGCGCCUCCUGCACGUGGUAGUAGUGUUUUUCAAGCUCCCGCCUUGCAAGUGCACAGACACAGUUCGGCAGCAGCCGCCGCACUCGACGUCGCCACUGGAUCUGAAGGUUUAGUAGAUGUCCAUAGUCCCGCAUCUGCUGCUGCUGCCAGUGAAUACACAAACUCAAGACUUGAAGGCACCCGUGCACGGUCUAAUGACCACAAGCAGCAUCUAUUUUCAAAACUGACCAGGGCAUUGGGGACCCUUAAGAUGAACAGUUCUCGCAGGGAUGACAAUGAAGAUGCUUUGCGGCGAGAGUUCAAGGCACGCAGGAGGCAUCAGGCUGACGAAGUGGGAGGAGCUUUUGUCAACAGCAAUGAUUCUUCAAUAUUUCUCAAGUUCAACACAUCCGCGAAGCCGCUAUUCUUCACUGUUUAUGAGAUGGGCGGGCGGCAUGGUGUUGCAUUGGCCAAUAUCAUGCAGCACAAUCUAGCCAAAUAUCGCACCAGCAGAGAGGUGCUGGCUGCAGAUCACCAGCACCCACUCAGGCUCGUCUACAACAAAGUGGGAAAGUGCGGCAGUCGGGCUUUUGUCCGGUUGGCUCAGAAACUGGCCGCACGCAAUAAAUUCUUGGUAGUUGGCUCGAUGAAUGGCAGCGAUCUUCAUCCGACAGUUUCACGCGUUAAAAGCAUCCGGCAGUUUAUGGGACUCAUGCCCACCCCAGUAUUCUAUCAUCGCCACUUAUACUAUGUUUCUUUCCCGGAUCUAUCCCCGCCACCAAUAUUUAUCAACAUGAUUCGGCAUCCCUUGAAUCGAGCCAUAUCAUCCUACUACUUUCGUCGCUUUGGGGACAACAGGCUAGGAGGGGUACGAGGUCUUUUCGCGCCGGGCACGCGUGAUGAGCCGUUUGAGACUUGCAUCCUGCGAAGGCGCAUUGAGUGCAUUGGCUCGAGGGGCUUGUGGUACAUAAUUCCGUUUUUCUGCGGCUACAAGCCGUUCUGCCGGCGACCAUCUGCGCAGUCACUGGCUCUGGCCAAAGAGAAUGUUGUCAACAAGUAUUUCUUUGUUGGAUUGUCGGAAUACUUCAACGAGAGCAUAGUGGCACUGGAAACACUGCUGCCAAAGUUCUUUUCUGGUGCUCAGGAAUUAAUGAGUGAAAUUGGAGCCGCAGAACAUACAACCAAGACUAACAAAGACGGACGUACACUCGGGUCUGAUGCUAGAGCUAGAGCUUUAUCCGAGAUGGCCAUGGAGAUAGAAUUCUAUGAAUUUGUGCGAGAGCGUUUCUUUCAGAAACUCUCGUCGCUCCACAUUCCUUACAAAACGAAACUGUAACCCACUGUGUGUGCACGUGUGUGUGUGUGUGCGUUUCGAAACAUUGCUGUGUAUUGUGGCGAAGCGGUACUGUACCAAUAAUGUGAACGGCCAAUGUACUCCACAGAUGUAUUUUAUCGUAUAGCCCUCUUUUUCCGCAGUACGCACUUGAGUGCUACUCUCUACACUGACCACGUCUUUAGUGUUUUGCUUUGAUAUCCCUACCUUGCCCCUUCCCGCUCCACCAAACAAUAGGAUUGUGACCAGUACAGACCAUUUUCGUACCAGAUGUGCCGUUUAACGAGACGACUUCUUUUAGUUUUUAGUGUUGUGUACUUCGUUGUACAAGUAUGACGCACUCAGCCCAGUGAUGAUGUUCUGUGAUAUGAUUUGCUCAGUAGUCAGGACUAAUAUACCAAUGCAAUAAUAUUAUUUCCUCAUCUGUACAGGCAUAGCUGUAAAUCAAUACAGCAAUACGAAGCUGAAACGGACAUGUUCAGAUGUAUCAACAGUCUAGGCCCCCUUCCAAUUUCUUUUUUCUUACCAAUUGAAAAGGACUAUCUUGCUUUCUACUCAGCCAUUCCAUUUUGCUUUGUGGCUACUACUUCAAGCGUAUUGUUUUAUAGGUUAUUUAUACUCGUUUUACUUAUUCAAUCGGGAGUGAACUAAAGAGACAUGGCUGCUUGUCUACAGCA